CUUUAGGGGUUAUUUUUCUUAAAAUUGUACCCAUAUGCGCACCGUGGACCAUUAUUCCAUCACUAAGUUUUUCCCGGAAGUAUUUUUGUGGCGCACUUGUGUAGCUUCUUUCUGUGACUUUCCUGACAGCAGAUAAGCAUGAAUACUCUGUUGGUUUUCUAGAAGCUCUAAAAAGACGAAGGCUAGACACCACAAUGACACAGAACCACGUGUCAGGGAUGGAGACGUCCGCCAUCUCCGUCCUGAAGCGGGCAGUGGAGCUGGACCACAGCGGCCGUCUGCAGGAGUCCCUUGUCUGCUACCAGGAGGGCAUCCAGCUGCUUAUAGACGUGUUGAAAGCUGUGAAAGAUGACUCAAAGAGAGGGCACUACAGGGAUAAGAUAAAGGGCUACAUGGACAGAGCAGAGCAAAUCAAAGCUCAUGUGAGCCAGAUGAAAGAAGAUGGGAAAUACCAUGAGCAGAUUAAAAUAGUGGAGGAUGCUACUGGUUACAGCUACGAGGCUCUGUUCAAGCCAUACAUCAGCAGUUUACUCACAGAGGUCUGGGUAGAAGACCCAUACAUACGGCACACCCAUCAAUUGUACAACUUCCUGCGGUUCUGUGAGAUGCUGCUAAAAGCGUCCUGCAAGGUGAAAACCAUCCAUCUCCUCACUACACAGGAUGAAUCGGAUAAUCGCCAACAGAGCAGCGCUUUGGCCGAGCUGAAGGAGAGUCUCAGUGCUCAGGGAGUGACUCUGGAUCUGCAGUUCUCCUCCACUAUACAUGACAGGGAGAUCAGUGUUUUUAGGUUUGACAAUGGAUGGAUCAUCAAGAUCGGAAGAGGGCUGGAUUACUUCAAGAGACCUAAGGGACGAUUCUCUAUUGGAUACUGUGACUAUGACCUCAGGCAGUGCCAGGAGACCAACGUAGACAUUUUUCACACUAAACACACAAAAACACUAUGAUAUUCAUGAAGCUUAAAUUCCUUACAUUCCUAAUUCAGGUGACUUCAUAUACUUACCUGCCCUCAAAACUCACUGCUGUGGUGUUGGAUUUGCCUUAACAUGUGCUCUGCCUUAUAACAGUGGUGUAACUGAGCAUUUUUAUCAGAGGUAUUACAGUAUGCUUUUUGUCACACUGAUAAUGUCUUUAAACCAACUGUAUGAUUCUGUGCUAUAUAUUCUAUAUCAUCGGGUUUUGGACAUUCUUAAGUCUUGUGUGCAGUUUAUGCAAAAAAAAG